UCGAGAUGUAUUGAUAGGAGUGGCAAGAAAAGGAGAAGGUGAGUUGUUCGUAGUUGUAUUAUCAGGCGGUAAAUUUGUGUUUGGAGUAGUGUUUUCAAGAGGUAAAUUGGUAGUAGAAGUAGUGUUUUCAAAUAGUAAAUUGGUGUUAGGAGUGUUGUUAUUAGAAAGUAAAUUGGUGUUAGAAGCGUUGUUAUCAGAAGAUUCAACAAAUCAAGCCAUUUCUACUGAACAAUUGGAUGAUAGUCUUUGGAAUCUUCCAGAAUACAACUCCAGCUAUAGUUCUUCCUCAGAAUAUAACUUUAAUGACUCUAUAAGUGAAGUUAUAUCAGAAUUACCUCUAUUCAGAUCAGGUUCUUCUAUGGAUACCGAAAGUAAUUUUAAUGAAGUUUAUGAGCCUCUAUUAGCAAAUGUGUCUUCUUCAAUAGAAUAUGAUUCUGAAGACUAUGAAGGAGCUUCGUUUGAUGAUGCAUUCAAUGAUUUGCAACAUCUACUGACUGUUGAAUGGCCUAAUGAUGCUUAUUGUGAAUUUAUAGAAUUAGUUAAUAAGCAUCAACUAUCCAAACUGGCUGGUGAUUUUAUUAUAAGCUUUUUCAACAAAUUUUCAAAAUUAGAUAUUUCACCAUUACCUUCAUCAACAAGAAUAAGAAAGGAAUUUCUGGACAAUUCUAAUAUUCCUUAUAUGAUGUUUAAGGAAAUCUGA